AUGACAGACUUUGAGAAGAACCUCCGUCGGGACAUAAUUUCUCAGCUGCAUAAUUUUGCUGCUGUUGGAGAUGCAGCCAGACUGAAGGCAUUGCUCAGUCAUUCUCCGUCCCUUAUCAAUGCAGCUGCAGAUAAUGGCUGGACAGCCCUGAUGUAUGGUGCCAGAAAUGGACACCUGGAGGUUGUGCAGAUUCUUCUUGAAGAAGGGUGUGACAGGUCUAUCGUUAAUAAAUCAAGGCAGACAGCUCUGGACAUUGCGAAAUUUUGGGGGUAUAAACACAUAGCUAAUUUGUUGGCUAAUGUGAAGGCUGGGCAGAGGCCUAAUUUUCUGUCAAAUGAAGUGAAAGAAUGUGAAAAUUAUUUUGGCUUGACACUUCUGGACAGAAGGAGUGAUAAAAGGACAGAUUCCAAGUGGCUAAGCAAAAAACAAAGCCAUCCAACUACAGUAUACAUCCUUUUCUCAAAUCUAAGUCCUUUGGUUACUUUGGGUGGGGGAAUAGAGAGCUCCCAGCAACCAGAAGUAAAGCUUUGCAGGCUGUACCACAAGGAUGUGGAGCAGUGCAUGAACCAGACUGAAGAAGGCACCUUAAUUUUUCUUGGAGUUGAACUUCAGUUCCACAUGAGCCUGCUGGCUGCUUGCAAGGGAAGAGUUCUGCAAGAAGAUGAAGAGGAUGGGUUAGUUGCUUGGUUUGCUCUUAGUGUAGAUUCUGCUUCUGCUGAGAAAUUUAAACAGACGCAUGAGGACUGUUACUUUCUUCACCCACCAAUGCCAGCACUACUGCAGCUACCUGAAAAAGAAGCUGGAGUAGUAGCCCAGGCUAGAUCUGUUCUAGCAUGGCACAAUCGCUACCGUUUCUGCCCAACAUGUGGGAGUGCAACCAAGAUUGAAGAAGGGGGUUACAAGAAAACUUGCUUAAAGGAAGAUUGUCCCAGUCUCCAAGGUGUUCACAACACAUCAUAUCCAAGAGUUGAUCCUGUUGUGAUAAUGCAAGUCAUCCAUCCAGAUGGGAACCACUGCCUUUUAGGUAGGCAGAAGAGGUUUCCCCCAGGAAUGUUUACCUGUCUUGCUGGAUUUGUAGAACCUGGCGAAACAAUAGAAGAUGCUGUUAGAAGAGAAGUAGAAGAGGAGGCUGGAGUCAAAGUUGGCCAUGUUCAGUAUGUCUCUUGUCAGCCAUGGCCAAUGCCCUCCUCGCUAAUGAUUGGCUGCUUAGCUGUUGCGGUGUCUACAGAAAUUAAAGUUGACAAGAAUGAAAUAGAGGAUGCCCGCUGGUUCACUAGAGAACAGGUUGUGGAAGUUCUCAUUAAAGGAAAUCAGCGUUCGUUCUUUGUACCACCAAGUCGAGCUAUUGCGCACCAGUUGAUAAAACAUUGGAUUGGAAUGAAUGCUAAUCUUUAA